AUGGAGAUCACCGACAAAGAAGAGCGUCUUCGAGAACGUCGCCGGCUCAAGCAGCAGCGGCACCGUGCCCGCGAUCUUGACGAGCAAAAGGAUCUCGAGAGGCAGCUCUACGUGCUUCAAAAUUUUCUGGCCAAGUACAAGGCGCAUGCGGACACGGCCUUGCCGUGGAAGCAAGUGGCGUUUGCGCUCCAGGACGCUGUCGAUGACGCGACAACUGUCAACAUCCAGCUCCGACAACAAGUCGAGCAACUCUCCCGGCUGGCGCACUCGUUGGCGUCCAGGACGGCAGCGAUCGACCACGGCUUUAUUAGUGUCCCGGAACCGUUUACGUGGCAGGUCGUAGGCCUCCCGACCGACCCCGCAGCGUUGGGCGGGGCGACUGAAGGGCCGUACACCGUAGAAUGA